AUGUUGGGCCCGUGGUCGAUUCUGGGACCUACUUUUGGAACGAUAAUCUUCUGCUCACUUCGGAUACACGACAAGCUGAAGCGGUGCACGAUGAGCGAAAAGUCUAGGCGACUGCAGAUCGAGCUAUUCAGGGCACUAAUAGCUCAAACCAUCAUCCCAACAAUCUUCGAAUACGCCCCCUGUAUCGUGUGCCUCGCUUCGGCCAUGUUCGGCAUCCCGCUCGGGCGCUACACCAACUGGUGCCCAAUUCUGCUCACCUUCUACACGUGGCUUGACCCGAUAUGCAUCAUCCUGUGCGUCAAAGACUAUCGAAGAGCCGCCGCCCGCUGCUUCAAG